GUAGUGCAAUACUUUUGGCCAAACAAAAGAUUUGUGAUUUUGGACUUGUGGAUUUGGGACUUAAGUGCUUACUUCUAUCAUAAUAUUAUACACUCGGUAACUAAAAAAACACUCAAAAGUGCAGCCCUCUUCAGCAACAGGAUUCCAAGAUGAAUAAAGAUAAACGAGAAGCGGAAUAUCCUACAGAGUUGGAGUCACAGUUCGUACUGCGCUUGCCAGAAGAGCCUGCUAAAGUGCUCAGGGAACUGCUGAAGUCCGGCGAUAGCCUCAAAAACCGUCUAACGAUUCAAAUAGAGAACGACAUGAGGAAUGGCGAGGUACGGUUGGACCACUGGUUGAUGCAUGCGAAGAUCAUUGAUCUGCCCACCAUCGUGGAGUCCUUGAAGACCAUAGAUAACAAGAGCUUUUACAAGACGGCAGACAUCUGCCAAAUGAUGAUCUGCAAAGAUGAGCCGGACCAGACGCCGUCGGAGGAGGAGGCUCCGUCCAAGCAUAAGAAGAAAGACCCUUAUAAGGUCGACAAAAAGUUUCUAUGGCCGCAUGGCAUCACUCCACCGACUAAGAAUGUUAGAAAACGCCGCUUCAGGAAAACUUUAAAGAAAAAGUAUGUGGAGGCCCCUGAAAUAGAGAAGGAGGUGAAGAGAUUGCUGCGUGCGGACAAUGAAGCUUGUCAGUUGAUGUGGGAAGUGAUCAAGGAAGAAGAUGAGCAACACGCUAAAUCGGAUGCCAUGCAGACAGCUCCCAGCAAGCCUGAGAAGAAGACUAAAGCUGAGCGCAGCAACAAGAAGGAGAGAGACUCUAAACCUGAUAUAUCAAACCGAGACUCCUCUUCCAAUGUUGUAGACAUAUUUGGUGGUGCAGUGAGCGACAGUGACAUUGAGGAAGAUCCUAUGGGCCGUGAGAUGGAGGAGAGCCACAUGUCUCCCUAUGACAGCCGUCUGUCAGACACCAGCUCCAUAAUCGGGAUGGGUGACAUUCACAAGCGAGAUACUUAUCCUAUAGAGUUUGAAUCCCAAAUGUUUCAUGCUCAGCCAACACUUAAAAAAAAAUCCACCAAACCCCGUUCUUCAACUGUCACUUCUACAGUCACUCGAAGUGGAGGUUUGUCAUCGGAAGAAGACGUGGACUAUCUGUCCCGCGAUAUGUCCAAAGAUAACAUGUCUCUGAGAAUGGAGCAGCUGCGGACAGAGUUAGAGGAGCUCAAGCAACGCCGGCAAAGAACGCAGCAUGAAAUUGCUGGAAUGGAGAAUGUGGCUUUGCGGCAACGCUUCCAAGAUAUCUUGCACACCCUGAACCAAGACGUCAUGUAUAAGGAGAUGGAAUACCAAGGCCUCAUCACAUUGCAGAAUUCUGAGGAUAUUUGAGGAACGUAUUUCAUGUAAAUAGUGAAGCUGUUGUGCUCUCUAUUUAUAUGUGCAAGGAAAUAAAGGACUUAUUGCAGUUUAGCAUAUUAUUAAUGAAAAAUUAUGAAUCAUGUUUAAAAAUUUGUAGUAUUUUAAGUCAGGGGUAGGUUUUAAGUUGUUAAAUGUUGAAAGUAUAAUUAAAAAAAUUAUAAUUUUUAAUUAGGGAACUCUUAUGUAUCAUCUUAUUUUUACUAAAGUUCUUUCAUGUAAAUAGAAUUUUAAAUUAGUUAGUAGGUAUCUAAUCAAUGAUUAAAUAUUUAAAGACAUGACAUAUAAAUUUGUAUAACUGUAUAAUAAUAUAAUACAAUGGUUGAUCGGGAUAACCAUUGUAGAUUUAAUAUAAUAUGACUAAAUUAUGUCCAGGUUAAAUUUAAGACAAAUGAUUUUUAUUCCUUAAAUGGAUAUAAGUAGAGUUUAUAUUUUAUAUUUCUAUAUAGGAUAAUUAAUUGAUAUUUUCUAGUUACAUUAACAUUGGUCUACAGUGCACAAAACAAGUAAUCCCAACCAUUCAGGUUCAAAAUGUUGAAUUCUCAUAAUGUUGAAUUUGCAAAAUGUUGAGUCCUAAAAUGUUGACCUAAAAAGCGACUUACCGUCAAGGUUGUCAGUUUUAGACCAUUUUUGUGACGGGGGAUACCUCAAAAACUAAACGAGAGCUGAAUAUCCAGGGGGGGGAGAGCUUGGGGCGCCCAUCCCCCCCCCCCCCCCCUCAAAUCCCAGGCAAAGAUAAAUUAUUUCGCAUAGUUUUUGCAUUUCUCAAAUUUUUUU